AUGAAUAUCCACCUUUGCACCACUGAGUCACAUUAUUUGUGCUGUCCUCUUGCAGGUAUACUGAAUGAGGUUCAGAAGUACUUCAAUAUAGAUGACGGAUUAGCUGGUUUAUUGCAAACAGUCCUUACCUGCAGCUACACGGUGUUGGCCCCAUUCUUUGGUUACCUGGGUGAUCGAUACAACAGGAAGAUCCUCAUGGGCAUCGGAAUAAUCAUAUGGAGCAGUGCGGUUCUGGCGGGAUCCUUCGUUAAUGAGUCUGGCUUUUGGUUGUUAAUUUUGUGCUUGUCGGUUGUCGGGAUAGGGCAAGCCAUUUAUUCUACAAUCGCACCCACUAUUAUCGCAGACCUUUUCACAGAUGCCAAAAGGACGUGGGCUCUCUCUUUCUUCUACAUUGCAAUUCCAGUGGGAAGUGGCCUUGGUUACAUCCUUGGGUCUGCUAUGUUCCAGCUGACCUGCGACUGGCACUGGGCAUUGAGGGUGACCCCAUGUCUUUGUUUCGUUGCCUUGUUCCUCCUGACCUUCCUGGUGCCUGAUCUUCCACGAGGAGCGGCAGAAAACCACACGGACUCCCUGCUCUCCAGAACCUCCUGGCUGCAGGAUCUGAAAUACCUGGUGACAAACUGGAGUUUCAUGUUGUCGUCCUUUGGGGCCGCAGCUGUCAUCUUCACGACCGGCGUGCUCGGACUCUGGGGACCCAUCUACCUGUACCGUGCACGGUCCAGACAGUCGCUAGAACAGAGCAAAGUCAGCUCCAAUGACAGCAUAAUAUUCGGCGCCAUCACCUGCGUGGCGGGCAUCCUUGCAAUCGUGAUCGGGGCACUGAUUUCAAGGAACUUACGGAAAAAGAACCCUCAUGCAGAUCCUCUUAUUUGUGCAGCUGGCCUGUUGUUGAGCACACCUUUCUUGUUCUCCGUCAUCGUGGUGGCCAGCAAGAGCAUUGUAGCCGCGUACAUUUGCGUCUUCUUUGGUGACAUGUUCCUUGCUAUGAAUUUUUCAAUAGUUUCAGAUAUUCUCUUGUAUGUCGUGAUUCCAUCUCGUCGCUCGAUGGCUGAGGCCGUCCAGAUCACCAUCUCCCACAUACUCGGCGAUGCCUUCAGUCCAUACAUCGUUGGUGCUAUCUCCACAGCUCUUCAGGAGUCUCAACCGGAUUUAAUCGAUAAGAAGUUUGAGAGUCUGCAGCAUGCUCUCUUAAUCUGCCCAUUUGUUACUAUUAUCGGGGCAGGCUUAUUCCUUUGGACUGCUAACCACUUGGAGGAAGAUCAAGAGAAUGCACUGAAGUAUAUUCAAGAUUCUGCAAAUGUGAUCACCACGGACUGAGGUAAAGGGCAGGUAACUGUGCCUGUGGACAAGAUCCUGAGCGGAAAUGGGCACUCGAAUUGCUGGCUGAAGGAGGCAAUUGACUGAAUUCUACUGUAUCAGGCGAUAGGUUAUUUAACAACACUGGCAGUGUUGAUUUCUGCACAAGUGAAUGCGACGUUUUUCUGCGUAGCUUUUUGAAAGCAUCUUUCUCCUCUCCAUCUCCCACUCUUCACCUUUCCCAUUAGUGUGUAUACCAGGCUGAGCUUGCUAUGGAUUCAAUUUCUCAGUUGAGGGGGGCUGUGUUGUUGCUGGCAGAGCUAGCUUUCUUGCCCAUUGCUAAUUGUCCGUGAGAGCAGUGGUUGUUGUAUCGCCACCUUGAACUGCUGUGGUGCCUGUAAAGAACAGCCUCUCACAGGGCCAUGAUGUAGGGGGUUGCAGGAAUUACCCAGUGUUGCUGAAAAUUGUUUCGCAGGUUACAAACUCUUCCCUAUCAUGAAAGAAAAUAAUUUGAAUGAAGCACUUGCUGCCUCCUUGCCCAGAGGAGCCCUAACUGAAUGCAGGGAUAGAAAGAACUGCAUUUAGAAAAACCUUUUUAUGAUUUUUGGGUUGUUCAAAAG